CGAAAGAAUGAGUUCAAGUGCCGUGAGUUUGUUUUAAUUAAGAAGUGAAUUAAUCACCCCGACUUGCGGGUUUCCACUGUUCUACAGAUUCAACAAAUUCCAGUGACAACAUCUACACAAUGAUUAACCCGGUGCCGCCUGGAGGCAGCCGGUCCAACUUCCCGAUGGGUCCAGGCUCGGACGGCCCGAUGGGGGGCAUGGGUGGCAUGGAGCCACACCACAUGAACGGCUCGUUAGGGUCAGGUGACAUAGAUGGACUUCCAAAAAAUUCUCCUAACAACAUAAGUGGCAUUAGCAAUCCUCCAGGCACCCCUCGAGACGAUGGUGAGCUAGGAGGGAACUUCCUCCACUCCUUCCAGAACGACAAUUAUUCUCCAAGCAUGACGAUGAGUGUGUGAUCCCCCCUCCUCUUCUCUGAGACGCUGAGAGAGCCGGCAUUGCAGGCGGGAAGAUGCCAGAAAUUAUGCAAGAAGAAGUGAGGUGUCAUUACCCAGGAGCUGGGGGAGGGGCAUCUCCUGCUCCCCCUCAACCCUCCCCCUCCCCUCCCCCAACCUUUCUCAAUUUUAGUUCCAUGCAAUAAAAAGGCCGAACUUUUUAUUCCAUAAAACAUGAAGGACAAAACUCAAAAAUACAUUUCAAGUCAAUGACCAGAAAAAUCCCACCCCUUGCCCUUUCCCAAGAGGACCUUUUAUGUACAUGACGCAUUUUUUUUUGUUUUUUUGUUUGGGGUUUUACCGUUGUUGGGAUUUUUUUAAUUUGUUUUCAGGGGGGUUUUUUGGGGGAAAAAUUUUUAAAAAUGGAAGCUUCUAGCAAGCCCCCCCCCCACCCCAGUCAACUUCUUUGCUUUCUUCUUUAAAAAAAAAAAAAAAAAAGGACAAAAAAAAACCAAAAAAUGAAAAACAAAAAACAAAAACCCAAGCCCUGUUGUCUGUCUGUACCCAAGCCCUCCCACCAGGAAAGCUAGUCUAGGUGUGAGAUCUCACCUGUCUUUGUAGCCAUCUAAAAAUAAUAAUAAUAAUUAUAAUAAACUGGGCAGUUUACAAUC